CUGAGAAAAAUGUAAACUACUCGUAACGCCUUUUCCUUCAAACCUAUCUGAACCUUAGAUUCUGAAAUUUAUCGCAUUAAGAUAUGCUUUUUCCAAAAUCUUAAGUUUUUAAACAUUAUUACCGACAAAUUCUUUGUAAAACAGUAUACAUAGUCCCCCAUGAGAUGAAUAAGCAGACCAAAGAAUGGUCGCGAGCUCGCCUAUGUAAGCCUAAGGAUAAUCUCACCACCGAGGCGGGAAAACGAGAACGCUUUGUGCCGUCAUGUGAACUAGAGUGCAGUCCGGUAUCGAUGUCGCAUUUGAUUGGCUGGGAAUACGCUCGAAUUUGGCUGCGCGAUCGCGACAUAUUUGUGCAGCAACGCGAACGGGCUGUCAAAGCCAAAUAUAUCAAGAAUGACUUCGAGUGGUGGUUAAGGCUGCGAAAAACAUCCAAAAAGUUCUGCAAAGUCGGGGCAUAGAAGAGAAAAAAUGUGCGAACAACGAAAUGUUUCUUACUCCAUUUUUAAUAGUAAAUACGGUUAUAAAAUUAUUAAAAUAUAUAAUAAAUAAAUUAUUAGCACACACAUUUUUUUGGUUGCAAGCUUAAGUUUUAAUGAAAAGAAGCUGAUAGAUUGCAUUCAAUCUUUGUAUUUGCUAAAAUUAAUUAAUUCUAA